GGAAGGAGGGAGGGAGGUGCCAGCGCCGCGUCCCGGCGCGGGCAGCGGAGCGGCGAGGGGCGGAGGUCUCUUUGAGAGUAUCUGGAAGACAGUUGGGGACAAAUGUUAUGAAAGUCGCUUGAGAACAUGAUGCUGUGCUCUGGGAGCAGGUGAUUUUCUUAGGCAGUGGAUUUCACCUGUAAUUCAACUUUCCACACUUCUGUGAAAGCCUUCUGCAACUUUGAUCAUUCUGAAUUAUUAACAGCUGGUGUAAAUGACUGCUACCGCCUCCCAGAGCAAGAUAACCUGCUCAGUCAGCUGGAGCCCCCUGCGGACAGCUGUCUCGCUUUUAGCUGAUGGAAAACUGCUAUAAGCGCUGAAUGGAAGAGCGCGGAGCCGCGGCCAGCCCAGCGCGGGGAGCCGCUGCCGCAGCAGCGAGAGCGAGCGAGGACUCUAUUGUUCCCUGGUGUUAAACAGUUUUUCCUUCCCAACUGCCAUGCACAGCGGCGGGAGAGAGGCUCCCGCUCCCUUUCUCCCCGUGAAGAAAUCGUGAAGAGGGGAGGAUCGUUUGAGGAAGGCUCGGCGGCGGUGCCGCGGGUUUUGGGCUGCCGGAGGAUGGGGCUGAGCCGGGGCAGCGCUUCUGCCGGCCGCGGUCCGGCGCUUUCUGCCGCGCCCGCUCGCUGCCGGGGAGCCCUCGUGCUUCUGCUGCUGCUGGCGAUCCGGGACGCUCGUGCACAAAGUGAAUUUCAAACUCCCUCAGUCUAUUUGUGGAAGACGGGUCCGUGGGGAAGAUGCAUGGGAGAUGAAUGCGGUCCAGGAGGCAUCCAGACGCGAGCCGUGUGGUGUGCCCACAUGGAGGGCUGGACCACGCUGCCCACAAACUGCAAGCAGCCCGAGCGGCCGGACAACCAGCAGAGCUGUUUCCGUGUCUGUGACUGGCACAAGGAGCUGUACGACUGGCAGAUCGGCAGCUGGAACCAGUGCCGGCCCGUCCUCUCCCGCAGCCACGAGAAGCCCCUGGAGUGCCUCAGAGGGGAGGAAGGGAUCCAGACAAGGGACAUCACCUGUAUACAGAAGUCCAAUGGGGUUCCUGCUGAAGAUGUCAUCUGCGAGUACUUUGAGCCGAAGCCCCGGCAGGAGCAGGCGUGCCUCAUCCCGUGCCGGCAGGACUGCAUCGUGGCCGAGUUCUCGCCCUGGUCCGAGUGCUCCAAGACCUGUGGCAGUGGGCUCCAGCAUCGGACUCGGCACGUGGUGGCUCCGCCGCAGUUCGGCGGCUCAGCUUGCCCCAACCUCACCGAAUUCCAGAUGUGCCAGUCCAGCCCGUGCACGGCUGAAGAAAGCCUGUACAGCCUAAAUGUGGGACCAUGGAGCGCAUGCUCGGUGCCCCAUUCAAGACAAAUAAGGCAAGCGAGGAAACGAGGGAAGAACAAGGACAAGGACAAGGACAGAGAAAAGGUGGUUCGAGAUCCUGAGGCUCGCGAGUUAAUUAAGAAGAAGAGGAAUCGUAACAGACAGAAUAGACAGGAGAACAAAUACUGGGACAUACAAAUUGGGUACCAAACAAGGCAGGUCACGUGUACUCACAGAAAUGGGAAAACUGCUGCUUUGAGCUUCUGCAAUCAGGAAAAGCUGCCCAUCACAUUUCAGUCCUGUGUGAUCACAAAGGAGUGCCAGGUGUCAGAGUGGUCAGAAUGGACCCCCUGCUCCAAAACCUGCUUUGACAUGACAACCCCUAAAGGGAAUCGUACAAGAUCACGGACCAUUAAGCAGCUCCCUGUUGGCAGUGAGAGUGAAUGCCCACAAUUAGAAGAAGCAGAGCAGUGUGUUACUCAAGGAGACGGCGUAGCACCCUGCAUUACGUACGGCUGGCGCACCACCGAGUGGGCAGAGUGCCGCGUGGAUCCUCUCCUCAGCCAGCAGGACAAGAGGCGAGGAAAUCAGACAGCGCUGUGCGGAGGUGGCGUUCAGACCAGGGAGGUGUACUGUGUGCAGGCUAACGAAAAUCUCCUCGCCUACCUAAAUACACUCAAGGAUAAAGAAGAAAGUCAGUCACAGAGCAAGUCGAAGGCUAGUGCUGCACCUCUGCUAUCAAUCACUUUUGAAAUAACAGCUUCAAGGCCAGUAGACCGUAAACUGUGUACAGGACCUCUUCCCAGCACCUCCCAGCUGUGCCAUGUUCCCUGUCCUACAGAGUGCGAGACCUCGGCAUGGUCAGCCUGGGGACCAUGUACCUAUGAAAGCUGUGAUGAGCCUCAGGCCAAGAAGGGCUUUAAACUAAGGAAACGUCGCAUCACCAAUGAGCCUACAGGAGGAACAGGAAACUGCCCUCACCUGUUGGAAGCCAUCCCAUGUGAAGAGCCCUCUUGCUAUGACUGGAGAAUCACGGGGCUGGAGGAAUGCAUUCCUGACAAUGAAAAGCCAUGUGGCCCUGGUACACAGGUUCCUGUUGUCAUCUGCAUCAACAGUGAUGGAGAAGAGGUUGACAGGCAGCUGUGCAGAGAUGCCAUCUACCCCAUCCCGGUGGCGUGCGAGGCGCCGUGCCCGAAGGACUGUGUGCUCAGCACGUGGUCUGCCUGGUCCUCCUGCUCGCACACCUGCUCCGGCAAAACCACGGAAGGGAGGCAGCUGCGCGCCCGCUCCAUCCUGGCCUACGCAGGUGAAGGAGGAGUACAGUGCCCGAACAGCAGUGCCCUCCAGGAAACACGCAGCUGCAAUGAGCACUCUUGCACUGUGUAUCACUGGCAGACUGGCCCAUGGGGACAGUGCAUAGAGGACACGUCUGUCUCUGCUUUCAACUCCUCUGCUGGCUGGAACGGGGAGGCCACCUGCUCCGUGGGGAUGCAGACAAGAAAGGUCAUCUGUGUGAGAGUCAACGUGGGACAAGUAGGCCCAAAAAAAUGCCCUGAAAGUCUUCGACCAGAAACUGUGAGACCUUGUCUGCUUCCCUGUAGGAAGGACUGCAUUGUGACUCCAUUCAGUGACUGGACACCAUGUCCUUCUUCAUGUCAAGAAGGGGGUGCCACAGUCAGGAAGCAGUCCCGUCACCGAGUCAUCAUCCAGCUCCCUGCCAAUGGUGGUCGGGAGUGCCCAGACUCUUUGUUUGAGGAAAGAGAAUGUGAAGCUUCUCCCGUCUGUCAUAGCUACAGAUGGAAGACACACAAAUGGCGCAGGUGCCAACUGGUCCCAUGGUACGUACGCCAAGACAGUCCGGGAGCACAGGAGACCUGUGGACCUGGGUUACAAGCAAGAGCAAUUACUUGUCGCAGACAAGAUGGAGGACAAGCUGACAUCAGUGAGUGCCUUAAGUAUUCUGGACCAUUACCACCCUUAACACAGAUGUGCCAGAUUCCCUGCCAAGAUGACUGUCAGUUUACGAACUGGUCAAAAUUUUCUCCUUGUAAUGGGGACUGUGGAGGAGUCAGGACAAGAAAACGCACUCUUGUUGGAAAAAGUAAGAAAAAGGACAAAUGUAGAAAUUCUCAGUUGUAUCCUCUGAUUGAGAAUCAGUUUUGCCCAUGUGACAAGUACAGUGCUCAGCCUGUGGGAAAUUGGUCAGACUGUAUUUUGCCAGAGGGUAAGAUGGAAGUAUUGCUGGGAAUGAAGGUACAAGGAGACAUUAAGGAAUGUGGACAAGGCUAUCGUUACCAGGCCAUGGCUUGCUAUGACCAAAACAAUCGACUUGUGGAAACAUCACGAUGCAACAGUCAUGGGUAUAUUGAGGAAGCCUGUAUUAUUCCAUGUCCCUCAGACUGCAAGCUCAGUGAGUGGUCCAACUGGUCUCGUUGUAGUAAAUCCUGUGGGAGUGGGGUAAAAGUUCGGUCUAAAUGGCUUCGUGAAAAACCCUACAAUGGUGGAAGGCCCUGUCCAAAGCUAGAUCACGUCAAUCAGGCACAGGUGUAUGAGGUAGUCCCCUGCCACAGUGACUGCAGCCAGUACAUAUGGGUUACUGAGCCCUGGAGUGUCUGCAAAGUGACCAACGUGGACUUAAAAGAGAAUUGUGGAGAAGGUGUUCAAACAAGGAAAGUCAGAUGCAUGCUAAACACUAUGGAUGGUCCUUCUGACACAGUAGAAGACUACCUGUGUGAUCCUGAAGAUAUGCCACUUGGUGCUAGAAAAUGCACAUUGCCAUGUCCUGAGGACUGUGUUAUGUCUGAAUGGGGGUCAUGGUCUCAGUGUUCUUUGCCAUGCAAUGGAAGUAAUAUCCGUGAAAGAUCAGCUGAAUGCCUAAGACAACCAGACGAUGGAAAGCCUUGUCCUGCUGCCACCGAAGCAGAAGCCUGCACUUUGAACAAGAACUGCUACCACUAUGACUACAAUGUGACAGACUGGAGCACGUGUCAGCUCAGCGAGAAGGCUGUCUGUGGCAGUGGUAUCAAAACGCGGAUGCUCGAUUGCGUUCGCAGUGAUGGCAAAUCGGUUGACCUGAAAUACUGUGAAGAGCUUGGUUUGGAAAAGACAUGGCAAAUGAAUAUGUCCUGCGUGGUGGAAUGUCCUGUGAACUGUCAGCUCUCUGACUGGUCCACUUGGUCUGAGUGCUCUCAAACAUGUGGCCUUACAGGAAAAAUGAUCAGAAGAAGGACCAUAAAUCAGCCAUUUCAGGGUGAUGGGAGACCUUGUCCUUCUCAGAUGGAGCAAUUCAAACCCUGUCCAGUAAAACCUUGUUAUCGAUGGCAAUAUAGUCAAUGGUCUACAUGCAAAGUAGAGGAUGCCCAAUGUGGAGAGGGAACACGUGUGAGGAACAUCUCCUGUGUGGUUUAUGAUGGAUCCAUUGAAGAUGUUGGCAAAGUAGUAGAUGAGGAAUUCUGUGGAGAAAUAGAGCCCAUUAUAGAUGGUGAUAAGAAGAUAAUACUUGAGGAAACCUGCACUUUCCCUUGUCCAGGGGACUGUUACUUGAGAGAGUGGUCUGAAUGGAGCCUUUGCCAGCUAACCUGUUUUAAUGGUGAAGAUCUUGGUUUUGGAGGAAUACAAGUCCGAUCUAGGGCAGUGAUCAUUCAGGACUUAGAGAAUCAACAUCUCUGUCCAGAACAGGCUUUGGAAACAAGACCAUGCAAUGAUGGGCAGUGCUAUGAGUACAAGUGGAUGGCUAGCCCAUGGAAGGGAUCUUCUCGGACCGUGUGGUGCCAAAGGUCAGAUGGUUUAAACGUCACAGGGGGCUGUUUAGUGAUGCGCCAACCAGAUGCUGACAGGUCAUGUAACCCACCGUGCAGCCAACCCCACGCUUACUGCAGUGAGACUAGGACAUGCAGUUGUGAAGAUGGAUACACUGAAGUUAUGUCCUCUGAUGGCACACUCGAGCAGUGCACUCUCAUCCCAGUGGUGGUCAUCCCCACCAUGGAGGACAAAAAGGGAGAUGUGAAAACCAGUCGAGCUGUGAACCCCACCCAGCCUUCCAGUAACCAGACAGGACGAGGAAGGACCUGGUUUCUACAGCCUUUUGGGCCAGAUGGGAGGCUGAAGACCUGGGUUUAUGGUGUAGCUGCUGGUGCAUUUGUUUUACUCAUCUUUAUUGUUUCUAUGAUCUAUCUAGCCUGCAAAAAGCCAAAGAAGCCCCAGAGAAGGCAGAACAACCGACUGAAACCUUUAACCUUGGCUUAUGAUGGAGACGCAGACAUGUAAACUACGACUUCUCAUGGUGACAAAUGGAGUCUAAACUGUAGGAAUGAAAUCAGAAGGUGUCCAAAGCCACAGGGAUUUUCUAUGGAGUGGAUUAAGUGUUUUGAAUUUUUCUUUUUGUAACUGCACAAUAGAUAAAGAAGGAUGGAUUUCAUAAUGCCUAUCAAUAUUCAAGGUAUUUUUAGACUUUACUUUAGACCAUCAGCACCGAGAAAUCAGGCAGAAUCACAUUAAUAGACACUGAAGUUGGAGAUCUGUGGUAUUUCCUCAGUCUUAGAACUGAGCACCACUUCUGCCUCCAGAAUACUGUAUCUGACAUAGUAUUAACUCUUGGAAGCCCCUGCAUCAUUAACCAAGUAUAAUCAGUACGCAUGAGGAGUUUGUACCAAGCUGUCUAUGACUCUUUAUAUUCAAACAUAACAUAUAUACUCAGUUGAACAAUAUGUAUUAUUCUAUCAGAUUAUAUACGUGAUGAAGAGCAUUUUAGUGCUUAGUACAAUAUUAACUUUUAACUGGGAUUAACCCACUGAGCAAGUUCAACAGUUUGCCAGUUGAUGAUAACUUGUGUUAACCUGCAUUUCAGAGGGCAAUGACUCACUUGCAAAAUUCUGUCCUGUUACCACUCCAAAUUAUAAAGGCCUCAUGUGUACAUCCAGAAAGGAGGCAUUCACUAUUUUCUAGUGGUUGGUGUCUGGGAAAAAAAUACUUGCUGUAAAUGUUACAAUACGUUUCUACUUUCUCUAACUCAAACUAUUGCCUGCAUCUUUUUUGCUACAUGUAAGGCAAAUUUUUGCACUAUAUUAGUGCAGCAUGAUAUGCACUUAACUAGUAUUGCCAUAGAAACUGCCUCUUUUCAGAAAGGAUAAUGAUGUAUCUUGUGCAAGGAGUGUCAAGUAGACAGGUUUUGAAUCCUGAAGAGAGUAGUGUUCAGUUUGGACUGCGACGGGAUGGAAUCAGCUACGACAUUUGCUGUACACACACCAUUCCUCAUCACAGCAGCCGUUUGUACUCUAUACCAUGGCAGUAAUACAAGUGUCUAGUUUCUUGCCCCAUCUACCUAUACUGGUAAAGAUUGUCCUACUGGUUUCUAAUUGUACUUUGAAGGUUGUUUAUGACUAGAUUUUUUAUAUUUGUUAACUUUGUUAGAAAAAAAAAAGAAGAAAAAGAAAAGUGGUUGCCCUGUCAUCCUGAGUGACAUACUUCUUGUCUAAAAGGUGUUCUGAUUGUUCCACUAAAAUAAAAUGGUUUUGCUUCUCUUUCCUUCUGUUAAUGAGAGCUCUUUCACUCUUACUGGCAGUGCAAUACUCAGAGACAUUUUGUCUUUUCUAAUUAGGAUAAUUCAAUAGACUCUUUCAAUUAUUCAGUUAAACUCCUGAGUGUACUGGCAAGUAAACAAUAAGUUCAAUAGUUCUGCCAUUUUAAUAUUCAUGACUUUUUAAAAAACUCUGGCAGUAUGAAAACUCACUGUUAACCUCUUCUGUGCUUAUAGCUUUUCAGUGUUGAGCUUCCAACAUGAAGCUCAUUGACUUGCCACUCAUGUGACAUGGCUGUUACGGAUGUGAUCCAUGACCUGAGAAGGGUUAUUCUCCUCAAAUGGCUUCUGUGUGCAGCCGGAAUGUACAAGUGACUGUGCCACCACUAAGCAAUACAAAACUUUAUCAGGCAACCUCUCAAAAAUAAUUGUUACAUAAAGUUCAAUAUUAGGUUCUCAGGUCUUUUUUAUAACCUAAACCACUUCUGCCUACUCAUCACUCUAUUUACUCAAGAAGCACCAGUUUUUGCACACUGAAUGAAAACUAGCUUUGCAAACUUUGGUCCAGAUCCACUGAAAUCAAUGACAAGACUCUCAUGGACAUCAAUGAGUAAUACCAGUUCUUAAAAAUGUACACCUUUGUUCUAUGUAGAAUAAUUCUUGAAACCAUUGAGUAUUUUGUGGAUAUUCAAGAGAGAUUAUGGUCCUACUUUAAUUUAGCUGCCAUAUUACCAGUGUGGUGUUACUGCAUCAAGAACAUUACCUUAAUCCCACUGUGUAGAUAUUCCCAAAUGGGGAUGAUGACCAGAGGAACAAUGGUAACAAUCAUUGGUGCAGGCUUAAUUUCUCAAUUUAUACCUUGAUCCAGCUGCAGCUGAUGAAAUUUCAUGGCCCCUGCAGCAGCAGUGGUUCAUUCAUAUAUGUGUUUCAGGAGUGGAGCAUUCAGUUUUACAUCACUUUGUAAAGUUCCAUUGCAUAAAUACAAAUCUUGAUAAUUUUAAUUUUCAGCAUUCUUGAGUAGAAAACAAGAAAGACCUGGUUGGUUCCUCUUUUGUCAGACACAAAAAAACCAAAAAAACCCAAAAAAAACCCAUGGAAAAAUUAUAAAGUUGUUACAGUGUGCUCAUGGGUACUCUAUUUCCCCUUCCCCGGGACCCUGUGACUCUGAUCAAGAUAACCCUGGACCCUCCUUCCUGCCCCAACGGGGUUGGCAGAGAGCCAGGGAAGCCCACCCUGUCCAAAGUCUAUAUAGACCCCUGACAUUUCCUGUUCGUCCUCUUUUGCCCUGCUCUCCCCUUGGACACCACAGAAUAAAGAGAGCUGAACCAAGUAUUUUGGGGCAAGAGGCUCUUUUGGAAAUCUUUGCCAUCUCCUGAUAUUCUUCCCCUCACAGCCUCGGACCUCUGGGCUAGCCUGAUAUUGAGGGGGCUGUGCGAGGGAGGGAACGUCAUAAAAUAUUAAAGAACAAUAACUACAUGUGGAGACAGAUUUUAAUAAUGAUUUCUGUUUUUUUAAAAGUCUGAUUCUGUGUUGUCGAAUAGUUUUGGACCAAGAGGGUAUUGAGGGAACAGGGUUUCUUCCAUUGGCAAUGAGUCAUCUUUAUUUACAACACUAGCUGGACUUAGCAGGAGCUUUUGCCUUGUUCUUGCCUUGAAGAAUUUUAUGUCCUAAAUCUAAGCAUUUAAUAACCUGAAGUUAAAGGUAUGACAUCUCCUUUUCCUUACACAUUAAAUGGAUAAAUAAAGAGAUAGGAGGGAUUCUUAAAGUAUGUUUGGCCUUUGCAAUCCAUGCAAGUAUUUUAGUAUGUGUUACAUUUUAUAUCUGGUCAGUGAAUAUCUGGUGCACAUCUGCAUCAUACUAGUGCUGCAUUUAAAAUCUAGAGUGCUUUUCUAUUAUUAUUUUUUCUAUGAACAAAGUGCAUGGAAAUUUGAAGCCAGAGUGGCUUCCCUUAUUAUCAAGGAAAAAACACUAGGCUGUAAAGAAGGCUGAAAUUUUAUGUAAAUCUAAAUUUUGCAAAGGUGAUUAAGUCCUCUAGCAUUGAAGCAGAAAUAAAUAAUAUGUGAAUUAUCAAUAUACAAUGAAAAGCAAUUUGCUUUAAAAAUCAGAGUGCUUCUACAAAUCCAGUGCCUAAAGCAGCCACUACUGUAGAUUAUUAGUUUGUGAAAGUAAUGUUUCCAGUGAUCAAAUAAACCAUUCAGAAAAUAGCAAGGUAGAUAUUUUCCUGUUGAUGUGGUGGUUUAUAUUUUCCUUUUUAAAACUGUAGUUUCUAGCUUACUGUGUCUGCUUUGAGUCCUGGAGCAGUUCUUUUUUAAAGCUUUCAUGCAACUGCACAAGCCUGAUUAUAUUUGGUAUAAAGCACCAAUUUUGAAACCCCCUUCCUCCUGCCAAAAUAUAAUAAAGUUUUUUCUCCAAUCUUACAAUUUGAAGAGAGCAAUUUAAAAACUCUAUGUGUAAAUCACUGUAAAAUAUACCUUGAAUUAAAUGGAAAUCUGUCUUUUUACCUUUAUGUAAAUCAUUAAGAAUUAAGAGUUUAUUUUGCCUAACUUAAUUUACUUGAAUAUUUAUUUUGUAGAACAAGGAGGCAGCUGUCUGAGGAAUGUUUACCUUUUUUUUUGUUAAUGUUAAUUUGUAAAUUGUGUAAUGCAUUUUUAUUUUUUAAAUUAUGUAAAUUUCUUUUUUAAUGCAUAAAAUGUUUACGUACAACUACUACUGCAAAUUUCUGUAUAUUGUCACUAAGCAUUAUUCAGUUAAUAGAGAUAUGUGAAAAUGUAACAAGUCUUACAUUUUCAUCUGGGUUAUUUUUACAUAACUGAUGCAUUGCUGACAAUAAAUAUAGACACAAAAUCAUUUAAUGUCUUUUUUAAAAUAAAUGUAUUCUAUGCUGGGAUAGAGUAACAAUAAAAGCCAGAUCCUUAAAAUACGA